AUUAAAGAAAUCUUAUGUUGAAUUAAUAAAUAAAGCACAAUUUUUUUAUAUUAAUGUACUUUAUCAUAAUUAGGAAGAUAAACACGUAGAUAAGGGAGAGAUUAGAGCGGUUGAUUAAAUAUCGACAAAUGGUGUCGCUAUAUGAAACAGCGACUUGAUACUCGUGUACAAGAUAUAACCUAUCUUAUUGUUGACAAUUACUUUGUCAACAAAAUGAUAUCCGUUGAACGAAAUACAAAUCUAUGAAUAAUCUAGAAUGUAAUGAUUCCGUUUUUAAUCAUAGUGUUUGAAUUGUAAAACUAUUGUUUCUAACGUGAAAAGUUUGUGAUUCAUAACUGACAGAUGACAGAUAACCAAACAGCCAUUAAAACUUUGGUAGUUCCUUUUUAUUGUUAGUGUUGUACAUGCAUGUACAUGUUUACAUAUUAGUAUACAAUAAAGUUUAAUUAAGCACUAUCAUCAGAUCUAAUAUCUGUCUUCAAAGAUAGAUGUUAUGAUACAUUUUAUUAAACCAAUUAUAAAGUACAUAUCUUAGAAAUACUGAACAAAAGAUGCUGAACAGAUUUAAAUCAGCAAUAUUAAAUGCAGUUGGUGGAAGUGAACUUGGCAUACAAUAUCCUAAUGAUUCAGAUAGUGAAGCAGUAACAGAUUACCUUAAUUCAAACAUUAUUGCAGAAAUAGAAAAUAAACCAUAUAGUCGACCUAGCUUUCUAGGAUUAACUGCGGAAGAAACUCAAGUAAGUGCUGAUCAUAGAGUAAGACCAAUUAUAGUACCAAGGGAUUUGAGUCGUUUGCCAUGGUGUGCUGGUUAUGCAGAAUGUAUCAAUGCUGGUAAAAGUGCUUGGAAUGAAGAUCAAACCUCUGCGACAAGAGGAGACCUUAAGCUAACAGAUGUUAAUGUCACACUACCUUAUGUUAUGUUCUCUAUGUUUGAUGGACAUGCCGGAUAUCAAGUGGCUUUAACAGCAAGAUUACAUUUGCAUAGGAUAAUUCUUGGAAGAUUAAUGGCAAUACCUGGAAAUAUGUUAUUAAAUGAAGAUGAAGAUGAACUUAUAAAAGGAAGAGAUCUUGUUAUUGGUGCUAUUGAAUUAGCAUAUAGACAAAUGGAUCAGAUGGUAGAAGCUCAAGCUCAAGGUGGUGGAGGUGGUUGCACAGCAAUUACUAUCUUAUUUCUGAAUGGUAGAUUAUAUGCCGCAGGUGCUGGGGAUUCAAGAGCUGUACUAGUAUUAGGAGAAAAUCAACGUGCAUUGACAAGAGAUCACACACCCGAUUCAGAAUCAAAUCGUGUCAGAGCAUUAGGUUAUCUAAGAAGUACUGAACUAUUGAAAGGUCACUUUACUCCACUAGAGUAUCGUAAAAGACCACUGCAAAAGGAAUUAGGAUCGUUGGUUUUGUACAGAGAACCUUAUAUGACAGGCUGGGCAUAUAAAGUACUAACUAAUUCCGAUUUGAAAUUACCUCUCAUUUCAGGACAUGGAAAAAGGAGUCGAGUAAUGGGUACUAUAGGAGUAACUCGCGGUUUUGGAGACCAUGGAUUAAAAGCCGCCAGUACCGGGGUUAACAUAAAACCAUUUCUAUCGUCACAACCGGAAGUACAGUCCAUAAAUUUAGAUACUUGUAAUCUUACUGAACGUGACUGUAUCAUUGUAGCCACGGAUGGACUUUGGGAUGUUGUGUCAGAUAAAACAGCAGCAAACAUACUAAGGAAAACACUUGCCCCUGAUACUCCAUCAUUAGAAUACAGACUCACAAUGAGUGCUCAAGAAUUGGUACAAGCAGCAAGAGGUAGGUUAGUUGGAAGAGUUUGGGUUGGUAAAUCAGAAAAUUUGGAAGAAACAGAUGAAAAAUUUUCACCUGUGGCAUCGGUUGAUGAUAUCAGUGUUUUAGUAGUACCGUUAUACCCGUAUUUGUGCGAACACAAACAAUGGUUAAAAACAACACAACAGGAAAGAAGAUAUUCUAUGGAUUCUUUGCACAUAUCAGUUAACAAUUCUGUACAAUAAUAGUUCUAAACUGUAGGAGCCGAUUACUUUAUAUGUAUUUAAGUAGGAAUGUUGCUGUUGACAUUAAGUGUACAUUCACAAAUUAGUAUGCUAAUCAGCCACAGAAAUACAAUUGCUUUUACAUUGCUUUUAACAAAUAAUAUUUAUAUAUAUAUAUUGAAUUUUUAAAGUAUCUAACAAUUUCUUUCUGAGUGAUAACUUAUUACGUACUGCCACUUUUUAAAAGUGUAAUUUAAAAUGCCAUGAUUAUUUAACAGAACAUUCCAAUUGUAGAGUGUUGAAAUAUAGCAUAAGUAAGUUAAUUUUAAAUAUUAUGCAGCAUCCAAAGUAGAAGUAAAGUUUAUAUAACUUCUCAAAAUGUAUGCACAAUUAUGCAUGCGUUGUGAGAACAUCGAAGAAAGUAAAGUAGUGAACAUUUAUAUGGAAAUAAUCUUAUCAAAGUAUUUCAUUUAGUGAUUUUAUUUGUUCAUCUUGUAUUUAUUUUGCCUUUAAAAUUAUUAAACUAAUAUGAUAUCUAUUAAUUAUUGUUAAAUGGUUGACCCACCUAUAAGGGGACUACAAAUAAAAGAUGUAUUGCUUUAUUUUUAAUGAUAAAUUGAAAAUGUUUGUUUUAUCAAAAUAUUUUAUUACCAAUUUUCAG